AUGCACCCCAUCAAACUACUCAAAACAAUCAUACCACUCCUACCACUAACACUCGCCAACAAGGUAUCAGUAGAUGAAUCUUAUACCCAAGCAUGUUCUGGGAUGUAUGAUCAAUCAAGUUGGGGUGGUAAAACUUCUCCAUUCAUAUCAUUUGAAUUAUCACAAUUUCCAAAAGAUCAGGAUAAACAAUUAUCUGUUAUUAUAUUUGAAUAUCAAGAUAUUGUAACCUUGGGGGCUCCAUUGGAUGAUUCUGGUUAUCAUAAGGAAUAUAUUUGUGAUUCAAACGCUAUUAAAGAUGGAUUAUGUGAAAAAGCUGGUACAUUUAUUCAAAACUCUCAGAAGAACCAAUCUCAAAUUUUACAAUUUCAAGUAUCUGAAAUUGGUGAAUUCCCUGAACGUUACCCCGUAAAGAAAACUGGUUAUUAUUGUGUUGCUACAUAUUCACAACAAAGUCAUCCAUCAUAUAAAGGUUCAAUAAAUUUUCAAAAUUCAUUUGGGAAAAUUUCUGCUUCAGAAUUCCCCAAAUUAUCACUUUAUGCUAUAUUAACCAUAUGUUAUGCUGUUUCAAUGGCUUAUUAUGGGUUCCAUUUUUGGAAACAUAAACAUGAAUUAUUACCAUUACAAAAAUAUUUUCUUGCAUUUUUCCUUUAUUUAACCUUGGAAACCCUUUUCACAUGGGGUUAUUAUGAUUUAAUUAAUAGAAAGGGUGAAUCUGAUGUUGGUGUUAAAAUUUAUAUGGUUUUCACUGCUAUUCUAAGUGGAUUAAAAGUUUCAUUUUCAUUUUUCCUAUUGUUAGUUAUCUCUUUGGGUUAUGGUAUUGUUUAUCCCAAACUUGAUAAAAAAUUAAUGUUUAAAUGUCAAAUAUUUACCGGGAUUCAUUUAACAUUUGUUGUUAUUUAUGUUUUAGCAAAUUAUUUAACUUCACCAGAAUCUCAAUCUUUAUUAGCUGGUAUUCCAGUUUUACCAGUUGCUAUUUCAACUGCAAUUUUUUAUGCAAUGAUUUUGAAAUCCCUAAGUGCAACUACUGCUUUAUUACAUCAACAAAGACAAAUGAUUAAAUUAAAAAUGUAUAAACAUUUAUUCAGAAUUAUCUUUUUUUCAUUAUUGAUCUUAUUAUUAGGAAUUAUAAUAUCAUCAUUUAUAUUCAUUGGUAUGUCCACCACAGAAUUAAUUGAACAACAUUGGAAAUCAAGAUUUUUCUUUUUGGAUUUCUGGCCUUCCCUAGUUUAUUUCAUUAUUUUUAAUUUAAUUGCAUUCAUUUGGAGACCAACAGAUACUUCAUAUAUGCUUGCUGCUUCUCAACAAUUAAGUACUGAUCCUGAAAAUGUUGGUGAUUUUGAAUUGGAUGAUAUUCAAUCAUUAAAUAAUGUUGGUGAUGAAGCUGAGGGUUAUCAACAUUUGGAUGAUAAUGAUUCUUUGAAUUUAGGUUCUGAUGAUGAAGAAGGUGGUAAAGAUGGUAAAGAUCAUGGUAAGAAUACAAAAAAUGAUGGAUUAGGUAGUUCAAGAGACUGA